AUACUUUCUGAUUGCUCAGGGAGGAGAGUGCACCCGAACCGCGCCGUGCUUUGCGAUGCCGCGCUGAGCGCCCUUCCAGCAGGAUGUCCGUGCGGCGGCUCGCCCAGCACGGCCAGCGCUCCGGCACUGGGGAUCGGGGUGUGCAGAUGGACGGCAGGCGGCUGCAGCAGCUGGUCAGCACGGUGGGGACGCUGCCGAGGAGCCGCAAGCAGCUCGCUCUGACCAGAUCCAGCUCCCUGGGGGACUGCUCCCGGCCACAGAGACACUUCAUUUCUAUAUUCAAAGAAGAUAAAGAGACAUUUGGGUUUGAAAUCCAGACUAUUAGAUUUCCAAACCAAACCGAUUACUCCUUGGAGGCAUGCACUUGUGUCUGCAAAAUUCAGGAGGAAAGUCCUGCCCACUUUUCUGGCCUUCAGAUUGGUGAUAUUCUUGCCAAUGUCAAUGGAGUGAACACUGAUGGUUUUAGUCACAAGCAGAUUGUAGACUUGAUAAAGUCUUCAGGGAACUAUUUAAGGCUGGAGACUGUCAACGGGGCUCUGUUCCUGAGGAAGAUGGAGCUGGAGACCAAGCUGCAGCUGCUGAAGCAAACUCUGCAGCAGAAGUGGGUGGAGUUGCGCUCCCUGCACUUACAGGAACAGCGUUUGCUGCAUGGGGAAGUGAACGACAACGCUCUGCUGGAGCUGGAAGAGGCCAACUUAUUUGGGGACUGCACGCCAGGACCGCUCUCUCCGACCAAGACCCGCUUCUCCAGUGAGAGCAGCUCGCGGAGCCGCCUGAGCUCCAUGACCCUGGACAGCGAGGACAGCUUCUACCAGAGCGGUGCCUUCGACGACUCCGCGGCAGAGAGCCUGAGCCGCCAGUCCAGCAUGGACGACGACUGCUUCCUUCCCAGGGACGGCGACGGCACGGCCGGGAGGUGCUCCCUGCGCAGGCACCGCAGCAUCAGCCUGGCCAGCAGCGGCUCCAUGUCCCCGCUGUGGGAGAGUGGCGGCAGCUCCAGCAGCUUCGGGACGCUCCCGAGGAAGAGCAGGAGAUCGAGCGUCCGAAAGCAGCUCCUGAAAUUCAUCCCGGGCCUUCACCGGGCGCUGGAGGAGGAGGAAAGCCGGGUGUGACACUGCGGUCCCAGGGGCCGGUGGAGCAGCUGCGUUUGUUCCCUACCUGCACGGCCUUACAGCAGGACUGAUGGUAUUUAAAAUGCUCUGGUUUAUUAAUUAUUUUAAUUUUUAAUUGGAGUGAAUAGUGGACUUCUCCAUUAACAUAAAAAAUGGCUAGCUCCAAGAGGUGAAGAACUUUGAAGAACUCCCUCGGCAUAUUUAGUGUUAAUGACGGGUUUUAAUCGAGUGCAAAUUUUCUAUUUAUUUUCUGUUACCAAAGUCAGUCUUCAGAGACCUUCAAUAAAGCAAGAGCUUCUACUAA